UAUGGCGGAGAACAAGGAUCCUCUGAAACAGCUGAAGGAUCUUGCAGAGCUCAAGGACCAGCUGGAGGACAUCCAGAGGAGGGUAGAAACUGAGGUUCAGGCUGGGAUUCCACAGGGUGGCUCGCUUUUGGCGUCUCCGUUCCUCAAAGGAUUCCUUGCGGGUUAUGUGGUGGCCAAGCUGCGCUCCUCUGCCAUUUUGGGGGUUGCCUUGGGAACCCUCACGGGCAUUUAUGCUGCACAGAACUAUGAGGUGCCCAACAUUGAGAAGACUUUGAAAGACUAUCUGAACUCUUUAAAGAAAGGCCCCAGUAAUUAGCAACAACCAAAAAACUUCA